GAGAGAACGAACCCGCGCGAGCCAGCGCGAGGCGGCGCGAGGCCGGUCACCCUGACCAGUGAACGACUGAACGCGACUGCCUAACUACGUUAACACGUCUCAAAUUCGAUAAACGACUAGUUGAAUUAUGGAAACGUUUAUUGAAGGGGUUCGCUUACAACCUUGUUUAUGGAACCCCUUGCAUCCCGACUACCGUGAGAUGCACGUAAAGGACGAUGCCUGGCAAUGCGUUGUUGAUCAUUAUAACAACAGCUCUAUAUCAAAUAUUCAAGUGGCUAAAAUAGAAUGGAAAAAAUUGCGAGAUAAUCAUCGAGACGCGCUUAAGAGGGCAAAAUUGGGAAAAAACAAAUUAUUACCGGCUCAAAUAACCACAUGGAAGUACGCCAAGGCCAUGCAGUUCCUCGAACCGCAUAUGAAGUACCGUAUCACAGAAAAUAUUGAAAUCGAUCCACCUUCGGGGUCUACUAGUAGCUCAAAGAGUUCCGACCACGAUGUAUCGACUACAGAAAAUGGUGAAAGUCCUCUCGUAGCCGGUCAUAUAUCGAAACGCCGCUGCUUAGAGUGUAAAGUCGAUUAUCGUCAAGAGACGGAUGCUCUCGAGUCCUUUUUCAAUUGCAUACUCCAAAGUACAAAGACGAUGCCGCAUUGGAUGCAAACCCAAGUUAAAAAGAAAAUAUUUGCGGUAAUCAUUGACGCAGAGGAAAAGUUAUCAGGUCAAAGACAAGCGCAAGGCGAAAGGGAACAUCACGAAAACCUACCGAUCGAGAAGGAAAUAAAAACUGAGAUUUUCACUGACGACAGUUAUGACAAUGAAUACUCAUAAAUAAAAAAAAUACUGGGUUUAAACUUUUGUUCGCAGUUUGCGUCGCUUGUAAGUUAUUUUACUGGCUACUGUAGGCUGUGAAAAUAAAAGACGUAAGUAG